AUGGCCCCUGGUGGUAGCUAUCUCUACGAGUUGAGGCGAUGGGCGGACGCCGUGCGCGAGCUCAACAGCGAGUGUGCGGCACGUCGCGGCGACGUGUGCCUAAACCUCCUCGCGUACUUGCGGAACUUCCCCGAGACGGAUCAAGAUGCCACUGGAGGUCAUGGAGUUCUUGGGCCGGGCUCUGAUGUGGACCAUGAUCGCAUCUUUGAUUCUAGCAAGGGGCCCUUGGUCAUCUUGCUCUGUCUUGCUCUCCGGCUCCUCUUCAUGUAUCCGUCCCUUGUCCUGUCUUGCCCUGUCAUCUGUGCUUGA